GGUUGUCGGCACUGCCCCGGCCGCUCUAGCCGCCGGGGCCUCCGCUCGCUGGUUUCCGGCUGGGUCUCGGAGGCUGGCGCCGGGGGGACUAGAAGACGCCGGGGCACGUGGAGAGCUGCUGGGGGCCCCCGCCCCGGUCCUCCCGCCCGGCAUGUUCGAGGAGCCAGACUGGACCGAGGAGGCCCCGGUGGCUGGGAUCGUUGGGCCUGUAGCCUCACGGCCUCGACCCGGGGCAGCACCGCAGACCAAGGGCUCCAAGCGUCGAAAGCUCUUGGCUACCUUACGGGCCUUGGAAGCAGCAUCUGUGCCCCGGCAACCCCAGAGCCUGCCCGGCAGUGAUUCUGAAGAGGAGGGGGAAGUGGAAAUAGAAAAGAAGAGGAAACGUCCGAAAAAAGCCUCAUCUGCCAGUAGUGCUACUAAAGUCAAGGAGAAACGGAAGAAGAAACACCAAAACCAGGGCUCACCCGGUAGUGACUCUGAGGAUGAGGAACAGGGAUGGAAGAAGUGUCACAAAGGUGCUCUAAUCAGCAGUGACUCCGCUGAGGAGAAAAGAAAGAGGAAGUCCCAGAAACAGACCCCUUCAAACCUAGCCCAGCACUUGGCCAAUACUGAACAAACAGGUACUAGUGGACCCUUCGUUUGGAAGAGUAAUGCUACAAAUGAUACAUCCAAACCGGGCCCCGAGGCCACACCCCCCAAGCCCCCCCAUACCUUGACUCGCAAGCAGUGGCGGAACCGGCAGAAGAACAAGCGUAGACACAAAAACAAGUUUCGACCACUUCAGCCACCGGGCCAGACUCCAGCUACACAGACGCCUGCCCCCACAGAGGAGACAGAGGUGCCUCCUGCCCUCAGUCCAGACAGCCAGGAGGCACGAGCAGGGGCCCUACGAGCCCGCAUGGCCCAGCGACUGGACGGUGCUCGAUUUCGAUACCUCAACGAGCAGCUGUAUUCAGGGCCCAGCAGUGCUGCACAACGCCUCUUCCAGGAAGACCCUGAAGCCUUUCUCCUCUACCACCGAGGCUUUCAGAACCAAGUCAAAAAGUGGCCACUGCAUCCUGUGGACCGCAUCGCAAAGGAUCUUCGGCAGCGGCCUGCAUCCCUGGUGGUGGCUGACUUUGGCUGCGGGGACUGCCGCCUGGCUUCAAGUAUCCGGAAUCCUGUACACUGCUUUGACUUGGCCUCCUUGGAUCCCCGAGUCACAGUAUGUGACAUGGCUCAGGUACCUCUGGAGGAUGAGUCUGUAGAUGUGGUUGUGUUCUGCCUUUCACUGAUGGGAACCAACAUCAGGGACUUCCUUGAAGAGGCAAAUCGAGUGCUGAAGCCAGGGGGUCUCCUAAAAGUGGCGGAAGUCAGCAGCCGCUUUGAAGAUAUUCGGACCUUUCUGGGAGCUGUGAGCAAAUUGGGCUUCAAGGUCAUCUUCAAGGACCUGAACAACAGUCACUUCUUCUUGUUUGACUUUGAGAAGACUGGACCCCCUCGGGUCGGGCCCAAGACUCAGCUCUCGGGCCUGAAGCUUCAGCCAUGCCUCUACAAGCGCAGGUGACCUCUGGACAUCCCCCUCCCUUUGAAAAGGGAGGCAAGUCUCAAACUCUGAAUCUGAGCCUGAAUAUUGGAUCCAGGCAGACUGUGAAUUAACCUGGGAUAACCUUCCAUCCCAAGAAUAAUGAUAAAACCUCUGGCUCAGCCCUGCUCGGUUGUUAAAGGUUCUCGAUGGCUGUACAGAAGGUUUCUUGGUUCAGGCUGGGGGCUGGGUGGUGGUGCACCUGCUUGAGUGCACAUGUUAUAAUGUGCAAGGACCUGAGCUUCCAUCCCCACCUGCAGGGGGAAAGCUUUGCAAGUGGUGAAGCAAUGCUGCAGGUGUCUCUUUUGUUUCUCUCUUUCCCCUCGAUUUCUGGCUAUCUCUCAAAAAUUAAUUUUUUUGCACUUGGUAAUAGGUGCACUUAACAUGGUACACUACCGCCCGGCCCCUGUCAUUUUGUUUUCUUACCAGAGUACUCCACAGCUCUCCUUUACAGUGGAGCGGUUGAUUGAAGCUAUGACUUGAGAGCUUCAGUUAUGCACGUCUUAUACAUAGCCACUAUGCUCUCUCCCCCACCUAUAUAUGCUCUUCUUUCUCCGGAAGGCUUAUCUGACUUCUUCUUCUUCUAGCGUUUGCCCUUCUUCCGUAGCCAGUCGACAGCGUCAGGUUGAGCCUGAUGUAAAGUUUCGAGACCUCCUUUGAAUCUUAUCUGACUGGCAGAGCCUUACUCAUCACAUUGUAGUCGUUCCGUACUCCAUAGCUCCUAUAACAGAAAAUUCUCAAAGCACUGUACGGUGAGUGCAAAUCCAUGCCAACCAUUUAAAUACUGCAUGGUGCUGUGGGACAGGGACAGCAGGUAGAGUACAUACCUUUCAUAUGUGAAAUAGGACUGCGGGUGUCUCUCUGUUUCUUUCCCUCUCUAUUUCCCCCUCCCUUCUUAAUUUCUGUCUGUCUCUUUCUAAUAAAUCCAUAAUAGAGAAUAUAUAAAAAUAGGGCUGGGGAGAUAGCGUAAUGGUUAUGUGAAAAAGACUUGCAUUUCUAAGGUAUCAAAGUCCCCCGGUUCAUAUAUAGGUUAAUAUGAGAUUCAUAUAUAUAUAUUCAUAUAUAGGUUAAUCUACGAGAUUCUUCAUUUAACCCCCCAGCAUCAUUAUAAGCCAGGGCUGAGCAGUACUCUGGUAAAAUAAAUAAGGAUUUUUAAAAUUA